CCAAAACGUCUUAGCGGCUUCGCACAAAAAUACUUGACGACCGAGAUCUGAUUUCCUCUUCACUUCUCCACGUCCACGGUACCGUGCCAAUCUAUUCCUACCGGUGUAGUCAAUCUUACCCUCAUUCUUCCACGGUCGCGUCGUUCUGUCGACUCUUCAAGAUCUGCUGCUUGGUCUCCCCAUCAUCGUGUGACCCCGCCGCCGCAUUUCUCCACCACCUUGCAGAGCCACCGCCAGACACCAAGAUCUCGCUUUCGAAAGCCUUUUACCCCCAACAACAAAGGAUCUCGACACCGGGACGCGACACGAAGACUACCACCCAACCUGCACCCAGAAUCUUCUGUGACUUUCAGUAGUCAUGGCAGUUCCGACGCAGUUUGCAUACCGAACACUGAAGGGGAUUGGCAUCGUGGAUGCCGCGCCUGUGUACGAGCCUUUGCCUGGGUUUCAGAGACCGGAAGGUAAUUCGCGCUGCUGUGUCUAUUCACCCUGCGGCAGAUACUUCGCCUGGGCUUCUAAUGAGGGCGUCACGGUCAUUGAUGCCUCGGUCGGACACGUCAUCACGACGCUCCCCACGCCUAACGUGUACGAAUUAGGCUUCUCUCCUCGAGGCUCGUACAUCAUUACCUGGGAGAGGCCGUCCAAGGAUGAAGCUGGUGAUGCCGUCAAGAACCUGAAGGUCUGGCGUACAGUCGAGGACCUCCCGGACGACGCAGAAAAACAGGUCGUGGGAAGGUUUGUGCAGAAAUCUCAGACGGGCUGGAACCUGCAAUACACCGCUGAUGAGCGAUACUGUGCUCGUGUUGUCACCAAUGAGGUUCAAUUUUACGAGAGUGGCGAUUUGGGCACAGUCUGGAACAAGCUGCGCGCCGAGGGUGUUGCCGACUUUGCAAUCUCUCCAGGCAACACCCAUUCUGUGGCUGUAUUCAUUCCAGAGCGCAAGGGUCAACCAGCUGCCAUCAAGAUCUUCAAUGUUCCUCAAUUCGCAACUCCUGUAUCUCAGAAGACCUUCUUCAAGGGUGACAAAGUCACAUUGAAAUGGAACCAGCUUGGCACAACCUUGAUUGUUCUGGCACAGACCGAAGUGGACAAGACAGGGAAGAGUUAUUACGGAGAGACCACGCUAUAUGUGCUGAGCGCAAAUGGUGGAUUCGAUUCGAGGAUAACUUUGGACAAGGAAGGACCAAUUCAUGACGUUUCGUGGUCCCCCAAUUCGAAGGAAUUCGGGGUGGUCUACGGUUUCAUGCCAGCCAAGACAACAAUCUUCAACCAGCGGGCUGUCGCUACUCACACCUUCCCGCUCUCACCACGAAACAACAUCUUAUUCUCGCCAACGGGUCGGUUUGUUUUGGUAGCAGGCUUUGGAAACUUGGCCGGGCAGAUGGAUAUAUAUGAUCUUGAGAAGGAUUAUCAGAAGAUCUGUACAAUCGAAGGUGGAAACCCCAGUGUUUGCGAGUGGAGCCCGGACAGCAAAUACAUAUUGACUGCUACCACGAGCCCUAGAUUACGUGUCGACAAUGGGGUUCGUUUGUGGCACGUUGGAGGUGGGAUUAUGUACAAUGAGGACAUGGUGGAGCUGUACCACGUCACCUGGAGACCUCAGGCUUUGGACAAUUUUUCGCCCGGAGACCAGUUGCAUCCGGUUCCGACCCCCCACGCGUCAGCACUAGCAUAUCUGAGCACAGUGAAGACACCUUCGAAACCAGCUGGUGCGUAUCGGCCUCCAGGAGCACGGGGUACAUCAACACCAUUGCACUUCAAACGCGAGGACGAGGGUGGAGCUGCACACAUUGUUAGCAACGGAACCUCACUCGUGGGCUCGAAUGGAUUUGGUAAGCCACGGAGACAAGUCCCCGGAGCUGAAACUAUGGAUAACCUUCCGCCUGGGGCCGCUUCCGCCAACGGGCCAGCGUCAGGAGCAGCGGAGGGUGAUGAGAAUUUGUCAAAGGCAGCACUGAAGAACAAGAAGAAGCGUGAAGCAAAGAAAGCCAAGGAUGCAGAGGCUAAGGCAGCUGGACUGACGCCAACACCGGACGGGCCAGCCACUGCAAGCGCCGAGAACCGAAGCCCAGAGCGCAGAGACCGACGAGAGCACCAACGGAGCCGAUCCAAAGGACAGCAGGACAUCCGCACCCCUUCCCAGCAGCGUUAUCGCAGCAACACCCACCAAGGAAAGCACAAUGGUCCGAAUGGAAACGCACCAGCAGGCCAUAUGAACAAUUUGUCAAUCAACCCCACGGCCACUCGUGGCCACGAUCCUCCUGAGCUUUCCGUCACCUCUCCAGGUGGCGGUAGCCCAAACGCCAAGAAGCUGCGAGGCCUACAAAAGAAAAUCCGCGCCAUCGAGGACCUGGAGAUGCGUCUUGCAGGCGGGGAGAAACUGGAGGACACGCAGAUGAAGAAAAUUGGAACCAAGGUCGCGGUGCAAGCUGAACUCGCUACUCUUGAAGCCGAGACCUAACUCACUCGCUCCUAACCCAUUCAUUGCGUGGAGUUCGUGAUUGCGGUACUUCGAAGUAGCGUGCAGCAUGGACUUUGCUUUCAAAGCAGCGUUUUGUUGGAUUGUGUUGGAUGGUGGGGGACCGGGAUUUGCAUGGUUGAGGCAUCAUGGGCUGGCUGGGAAUGAUUGAAAGACAGACACACGAACGAACGAAUCGAAUGAAUGAUAAUUCGAAACGAUGGUGUUAUGAAUGAUGCGUUCGUUGAGUUGGCUGGGUCUGGAACGAGCAUGCAUGCUGGGAGUUCAACGGCUUAGACCAUAGAUUAAAUGAAGACCCAUGACCAUUGACGAGCUUUGCUUGCGGUGUAUCAAUUGAAUUGUGAUUUUUCGUUUGCGUCGAGGUUGGGGCAAGUUCCUGGUGAACUCUCUGCUCUGAG